GGUGAAUGUAAACAUGUUGUAAUAGCGCUUUGAGUGCUCUGACUGAGUAGAAAAGCGCUAUAUAAGAGCUAGUCCAUCAUCUGCAUGGCGGCCAUACAAAGAGUUGUUGGAAUUCUCCAGAUACUAAGGAAAGGUGCUUCAGUGCUUGCUUUAGCGUCGGACAGGCUGGAUCUUCCCUUAUCACAGGAGAGGAGAUAGUGCCAUCCCACAACACCAGUAUUACUGAGAGGAAAUCUGUAGGGCUCAGCUCUGAACAUUGAGCAUGAGGGCGGACCCUGUAUGUUCAUUUUUUAUUUUUUUUUCAUAACAUUACAACCUGUUUUCAUCAGUUUCAUAAAGUAAGGACAUGCUCGGGCGAAGUAAGAUUCACAUUUUGCAGUCCAUAUUGUGGACAAUGUCAUUUCCACGCAGCAGACAUCAGUGUGACAGUGUUAAAGAGCCCAGUGUGCACCGCACAAAGAAUCCCAUGUCUCUUUUCUUAAGUCCUUGUGAAUUCUCCUCCCCACCUUCCCUUGACCUUAUUACUUUUUCCAUUGAGGUCAAGAAAAAUUGGGCAGGAACAGGAAAUAGGAGGGAGAAGAUGAUCUGCAGGAUCCUGCUGCUCCUCAUCCUCACCUCAUGUGUCUCUGGAUCAUUUGUAGUCAAUGUGACACAGACCUCCUAUCAGGCAGAGGAGAACCACAACAUCACACUGGAGUGGACGUUCUUAACCACAGCUAAGAGCAACUCCAAUUCUCUUUCCAUCAUCUGUGAAAAGGAAGAUGAUAAUACAUCCUCAGUCCUGUAUCAUGUUCAUGAAGGUGUUGAGAUGCCAGAGGUUCAGGAUAAAAGAUUUUCAGGACGAGUCCAGAGUGACAAAGAUGCCCUCAGAGAAGGACGAAUCAGACUUCAACUGUCCAGACUCAGGACUGAUGACUCGGGUCUGUACCUGUGUGAGGUCAACACGGAUUAUGGCUUUCACUUUGACAGCUGUCGACUCAACGUCACCGCAGCUGCAGCUCAUUCGCUACACAAAAGAUCAAUUAUGAGUCUACAGUCUGAGAGCUGGGACAGGACCGUCCUCUACCCUUUACUGGGACUGGCACCUGCACUGGUUACGCUCAUCUCUGCCUUCAGACGUCACAAUCGAUUCAGAAGACGCUAAACUGUUACGCAGGUGUUUAACAAGCUUUGAGGUGUGUUUACUUUUCUUUGUGCAACCAGCCGGACCUGUUUUCUGUUUCUUUAUGCACUAAGAAACUAAAAGCAGGACUAAGAGGGCUCAUUCCUAUCACGAUCAGCCAUGAGAGAAAACCUGAAAACAAAUAACCCAAGAGUGCUGUCAUACUAAAGUUCAUAUUUAAAUUUCAUGUUACUGUGAGUUUAAACUGUCUUAUGCUCUCAGUGUAGAUUAUACUUGCAGAUCUGUCAUAUUUAUUAUGGGAAACUGCAGCACCGCUUUUUAAAUGGGUUCAGCCUGCAGCUACGCUGUUCUCCAUAAUUUGAAUGAAAUGUGCUGUUAGUGUAUUUAAUCCUGUAACUCACUGAUCUUUGUGAUGCAUAAAACACUCCCU